UAGAAACAGAAAGGGAGGGGGACAGGAAUCACUGGAGUAGGAGCAUAUAAAAGGAAUGGACAGAGACAGUUUGUUCUAUGGCAACAGACAGACAGACGUUGGCAACAGAGUGUUACUGAAAGAGAAGUUGUGCUGCAGGGACACAGGUAUACAGGGAUCAGCUUUUACACACCUUAUCCUUUCUCACAGUCACAAUGCUAGGAGGACAAUACAGUAACUGGGCAGAUGUUUUCCAAAGUGUUCAGGAGACAGAGAUAGAGCCGCGGCAUGGCCAAGCCUGGACUUUACAAAUCAAAAAUGAUCUAACAGAUGAUUUAACAUCAAACCAGAGGCAAAAUGGCUGGAAAAUCUACCAGUCGUCCUCCUUUGGCAGAUUCACCUGCUCUAACUGCCGCCAUGGUUGGAACUCAGCUCGUGUCUCUCUUACAUUUCAUUACCGCCAUAUUUCCUCAGCAGGUGGAGAAGUCUACCUGAGAACCUACAGACAAAAAUGCAGAAGCUGCAGCAGUGACCAAAUGCUUACGGCAAAAUUUGAACAGGAAAAAAUGGCCGAAGUUCUGAUGAGAGUGGCUGACAAAAUCAGGAAGAAUUGUUACAAUGAGGCAAUAGAGCAAAAAAACUAUAUCAAAUUCUCAAAGAAGACAAAACCCCACGAGGCCUCUUUGUGUGAAGCUUGCAUGUUAGGCAAAUGUAAUAGGGAUGCAGAUAUCUAUUAGUAUUCAUCCAUAAAGUUGUAAUGUUAUUAAUCCAAGCACCCCAUUCAUGGGUCUGACUAAUCCUGUACUGCUGCUAUACUUCUCCUACCCUUAAGAUCAUAUUGAUACAAUGUAAAUGUAUGAUAUGAGUUAAGAAUGUUUAUAUUUUAUUUAUUUGCAUGUACGAAAGUUGUAAAUAAAAAUUAGGUUACAUAAAAAUACUUUCGUUCAAUAGUGAAA